CCCAAAGCCUCUCAGUAAAAGAAUCGUACGGGUCGCUCUUUAGCAUCAGGCAUGUUGGCCAUAGCUGAGCUGUUGGCCGCUCAUUGAACAGGACCCUUCCUUCCCUUUCACCUCUUCGGAUUUCGUAGCCAGGUUACGGUACACUCAUCUGUAUGGUACCGGUAAGCACGCCGGUACUCAAGCCAGCCUCAGUAUACCAAUUACAUGGAUCUGCCAACCGAUAAGGACUACAAGUAAGUCUUUCCAACUGUCAGCAAUGCCAUCUCUUCGCAUCUCUUCGGUGUUUGCUGUCAAUUGUUUUCUCCAACCACCUAGCAGAACCACAACCUCUGACCUCUGACUAUUGCCGAGCGGCGGCUGGAACGAUGGCCAACCCAAUCAUAAGUAGGCGAAUCGCAAACGUUGGCGGAGUGUUAUGGGUGGGUGGUCUCUUUGGGAGGUGCCCAAAACAUGGGUCACGCGUUGAAUGCCAAAGACUACUAGUAAGCCACGACAAGAGCGUUGUGUGCCAAAGGCGAAAGCUGCUCCCGUCACCUGUAGCAUGAUUGAAAUAUUUCGGCUACCGUACACUCCAAGUCAAUUCGGAGACAGUUCGCUGCCAUAGCGUUGAUCAGGCGAAGUCAUGCUCACAAGAAACACUUCGAGCAACUUGGAAACAACUGCUAUCAAACAGCUUUUGUGUUCACAAUGACGAAAACACCAAUCUCCAUCCUUGACAUUGAGGACGGCUGGGCUGGGGUUGAUACUUGGGAAAACCCUGGAAUCCUUGCAGAAGCUGAGGCGCUUGAAGCGGAAGACUAUGUCCGUGAAUUCGAGCAGCAACUCGAAGAAGCAGAGAAAAGCUUUUCUGAACAUGUUGCAUCAGCCAAAGAUCGCAUGGAAGAGAUGGAUGAGCUCAUAAAGAAAGCGGAGCUAUCAACGGCAACGAAAAAGGAGAUGGAGCGCAUGGAAAAACUGGAUGAAGAGAUCAAACGCCUCAAUGUGGAUCUGGCGGCCUCCAGGUCUGCCGUCAAAGCAUACAAAGAGGAGUUGGUCAAGUCCAGAUCCAAGACAAAGACAUAUGCGCUGAUGAAAACUGCCAAGGAACACGAAAUCAAGGAUGUCAUCCACUUUGUUCGUGAGGCCGAAACUGUUGAUUUGGCGUUUCUCCUCGACUGCACAGGUUCCAUGACGAGUCUUAUCGAGGCGACCAAAUCGAGUAUGAAAGAUGUUGUUCGAAAGGUCACACGCACCAAUGCGGGGCUUCAGCUUCGUGUGGCUGUUGUUGGAUAUCGUGACAUUGGCGAUACCAACCAUUUUGAGAUUCUGGACUUUACUCCCUCAGUGGAUGUCUUCGAGCGGUUUGUCUCAUCCCUGGAAGCACAAGGAGGAGGUGGAGAUGCUACUGAGGAUAUUGCUGGUGCCUUCCAAAAGGCAAACACACUCUCAUGGCAACAAACAUCUCGUAUCACCUUCCUCAUUGCAGAUUAUCCCUGCCAUGGCAGCAAAUACUACAACCAAGAACAGUGGUUUGAUGGGUGGGAUGAUCGUCCUGAAGGGACGCCAGGUAUCUCCAUUGAAACAGAAAUGAGAAAGCUGAUGCACCUGGGCGGUCAAGCCGGUAUGCAGUUACACUUUGGUCGCAUCACCCCACUGUGCGAUACAAUGAUCAGCGUUUUUGCCAGAGAGGGCUUAAGGUUUGAGGUUUGUGAUCUCAAAGAUCCAAGCAAUCUCUCCUCGUCUGUUUCUUCCAGUGUUCGCAAGUCCAUUUCAAAGAGUGUCACUGUCUCGAAGUCAAAAUCGAAAUCCAAGACGGGAGAAGGUGAUGACUUGCUCGAGGAGGGCGAGGUGACUACCAAGGAGUACACCAUAGUUGAAGCAAAGCCAUCUGCAGAUGAAUGGAAGUCCCUUGUUGCUAAUCCAGUGUCAGUGCUCUGCAACAAGCCUAUCAGCUCAGUCAAUGACCUAAAGGCCCCACUGCAUUUUGGACUGGUUCGCUGGGGAAAGUCCGAAUCCACCAAAACCAUAGAAACCAAGAUGUUCAUGCGCCUGGCCAAGGACCCCUUUGCUGAGGGGGAGAUGCGUCUUGCGCAUUACGGGAAGAUUGGACAGGACAAGGCUGCUCUGGCAUCCAACAAAGGAGACAAGGUUUUGAAGUCUUUCAAGAAGACAAGGAAACCAUCCUCUCAAAGGAAUAGCUACCUUGCUCAAAUGGAGGUUUCAACUAUCUCCCAAUUCCUGGCGGAGGAAUAUAACAAGACCAACCGUCCGCCACACUGUGCCGAGAUUCACUUUCUUUCCGUUAAUGUUGUAGAGGCAGAAGGUGGAGAGUGGUUCUGCGCAGAAGACGAGCUUCCUUGUGCUGGUUCAGAUUUCAUGAAGUACAGCAACAAUACAGGCUACUGGAACGAAGACGAGAUCAAUCAGAGCCUGCUCUUGUUCACUCAGUUUACUUUUGAAAAGACUAAAGGUUUCUUGAUGGUUACAGAUUUGCAAGGUGUGCGCAAUGGCAACCAGUACGUCCUCACUGACCCAGCCAUUCUAUGCAAGGACAACACUCGAUUUGGUGGCACCAAUCUUGGUUGUAAGCUAAUGGAUAAGUGCAUGACCUCAACUCAGACAAUGCUGGAAGAGAAUGGAUGGGAUGAUUGAGAGCAGAGCAGUUGGGUUGAUUGACGACAGUAAGUAUCCCUGCAGGCCCCAGAGCGGAACGGACCAGCCAAGAAGAAACCAAGGAGAAGCAAGACAAAGCAACAACACACAAGAAGUCAUGAUGACUGACAACAGGAGAAAACAACAGCAACAACUAUGAUUCGAUUCUAUUUUAAUUAAAAAGCAGACAAACACAGACAGAGAUAAUCUUAAAAAAAGCAACUAUGAC